AUGCCUGUCACAAUCAGGAAGAUUGUGUACGCCUGCAGUCACGAGCUGCCCAACCUGAGCUUCCAAGCUCCGCAAAAGCCCUCGGUGAUCAAUCGAAUAAAGCGAGCUCUAACCUUUACUGAAACAAUCCGCACACCCUCCUUGGAGUUGUGUCCUUAUUGUGAACGGGAGAGAGAGGAGAAGGCGCAACGCGAGGCGGAGUUGCAUUACAGACCACAGGCGCCUAUACGGGCGGAGACGAGCCCCCCGCACGGCCACCCCUUACCACCUGCACCACGAUCGCAAACCAUCCCCACCCAACCUAGACGCUACAACACUGUGGCUGCGCGACGACCGGUAUCACCGGUAUCGCCUGUCUCGGAAAUGGGAUUCGACUCGGACGUCGACUCCGUUCUUCCUCCCCGGAAUCCCUACCGGGAUACCAACAUGGAACUUCUUCGAGAAGAUUUCCAUGCACGGGACAUGGAAGAACGGUUAAGGGAAAGUCUUGCACGGGAGUCGCCGGCGGAUAGGAGAGCGCGGUUGUUUCGGGAGGAGAAGGUCCGCAAGGAGUGGACAGCGAGGAGUGCGACAAGAGACUAUAAUGAGUUUAUCCAGGACCAAGCGCCACCGGCUGCUCGUCCUACGGAUCUCAAGGAGCUCUUUAUACAAGCUCGAACUCCUCAUACCUCGAUAGCGCCUCCAAAAGAAGCCGAAUCUCCGAGACUAGAUCUACGCGCCAGAGCGGCGAAGAUCAAAGAGGAGAAGGCGAUAAAGGAGCAGAGGACCAAGGCUCGUUGUCAACUCGUGCGGAAGGAGUAA